GCUGCGCGCAGGCGCGCGGUUCUCUUUCCUCCGCUGCCGCUAAGGUGCUCGGUUCUUCCGAGGAAGCUAAGGCCGUUUUGGGGUGAGGCCCUCACUUCAUCCGGCGACUAGCACCGCGCCCGGCAGCCCCCACCUAGCACUCCCCGCACCAUGGCCUCCGUCUCGGAGCUCGCUUGUAUCUACUCUGCCCUCAUUCUGCACGACGAUGAGGUGACGGUCACGGAGGAUAAGAUCAAUGCCCUCAUUAAAGCAGCCGGUGUAAAUGUCGAGCCUUUCUGGCCAGGUUUGUUUGCAAAGGCCUUGGCCAAUGUCAACAUCGGGAGCCUCAUCUGCAAUGUGGGGGCUGGUGGACCUGCCCCAGCAGCCGGUGCUGCACCAGCAGGAGGCCCUGCCCCCUCCACUGCUGCUGCCCCAGCUGAGGAGAAGAAAGUAGAAGCAAAGAAAGAAGAAUCUGAAGAGUCUGAUGAUGACAUGGGCUUUGGUCUUUUUGACUAAACCUUCUUAGUAACACAUUGAAUAAAAAGCUGAGCUGUUUGCUGC